AUGGACGAACUCCCGCCGCCAUCUAGGAGCCAGGCGGGCACGCCGGUGUCUGAUGGUUCGUCGCGCAAGGGCAAAGGAGGAGGGGCCAAGUAUCGGCGUCCUGGACAGGCCAAGCUGGACCAGCGAGAUGAGCCUGGAGGGCUGAGGGAGGCGAUGGAAGCGCUGCGAGCAGCGAAAGCCAAGGGCGCAGCAGUCGAUGUUCAGCAGCAGGGACCCGUCCGCGGGCCCAAGGGCGACAACGGUGGCAAGACGUUGCCCACUCGCCAUCAACAACAACCGGCACACCGAGCCCAGACUCAAGCCCAUACACCGUAUUCCGCCCCGCGCAAGGCCGCUCCCAUUGCUAAGAGCAGGAGCAAGAGCAAAAGCACCAUGUCCGCGACCAGCCCAGAGUUCUUCCCCGUCAGACUCCCACCCAUGAGCUCCGCCCGUGCUGGCCUGCCCAACGGCAACAGUCAUGUCCAUGUCCACGACGAUGGUACAAACGGGAGUGACACGUUCAACCCCGGGUCAGCGUACCACGAGUACACGUCGAGGCCGUGCCCGCGCUUUGACAUGCCCCAACGCAUGCUUCACACGGGUGACAAGCUCGAGCGCACGAUACUUGAAGACUGGCGCCUUGCCGAACCGUCUCCAGUCCAAAGGCGCUACACGUCUGCGAUACUGCAAAGAAUCACCCAGGAGCUCAACCGGGUGCUGAGGAGUGGAAGCAGGUUUGAGGUGGAUGUGUUUGGUAGUAUGUCGUGGGGCGGCGCGACUGGAAAAGGAGGUGACUUGGACCUUGUGGUCAUUGACAAGAACAUGCCAUUGUGCUACCAGCCGAACCUCUGGACCGCCAGUGAAGACACUGCCUCGUCUGCUGGAUCCAGCAGAAGCGGCCCCAACAGACGUCGCCCAGCGGCCAAACUCAAGGGGGUCCCCCAAGUAUACAGCAUGUACUGGCUGUCAAACUUCCUCUCGAACACACCCGGGUUUGGGGGCAUCAAGGCGAUCGUACAUGCCACAACUCCCAUCGUCAAGUUCAAGGCGGUUGCAGGGGACCUGGAUUGCGAUAUUAAUGUCAAUGACUUGGGCGGGUGGUACAACUCGGCGCUGAUACUUGCAUACUGCAAGGUGUCGCCCUUUGUCUUCCGUCCCAUGAUCCAUGCCAUGAAGAAGUGGCUCUCGGCCAACAACCUCAACGACCCUUCUGCCGCCAACGGGCCGGCCUCCAUGUCGUCGUACUGCCUCACGCUCAUGGUCAUCGGUUACCUUCAGCAUAUUGGCGAGUUGCCCAACUUGCAAGAAGGCGUCGAGGCCCCCGUUCCCUUCUACCACGAGGACGAGCACCACGCCAAUGUCAUCUGGGUCGGGUACGGCAGGCCAAAGGGCCAGGCAGCACAUAUAUGGUUCCGCACAAAACCGCCUGCGGGAUGGACGCGCCGCGACCCCGACCUCACGGCUGCAGACGCGAUCCGCAGUUUCUUCAACUUCUUCUCGCGCGACGGGCCCGGUCUUAAAUUCGACAUGCGUACCCAGCUCGUGUCCGUUCUGAACGGCGGCAUCAUCGCCCGGUCUCAGCCUCAGGGCGAUUCCGCCCGUCGCAGGAACGAGUACCGGCGCGAAAUCAACGCCCAGGGACUGAGUAAAGAGACCAUGGUGGCGCUUAUGAAGACUUUCAAUGCCGAGAACGACCCCAAGGUCUCGCACAUGGGCACGGGGGCGGGAAACAUCCAGCCUGGGGAGUGGGAGGACAAGCACUUGGUCAUACAGGACCCGUUCAUUUGGGAGAAGAACUGUGCGGCAAGCAUGUCCAAAGAGGCCAUAGAAAAGUUGUUGAAGGCUAUCAAGGGCACACAACUACUGUUGACGCGUAACCGCGACGCUCGGCUGAGCGAUUUUCUUGUCCCGCACUAG